AUGGAUUUUUUCACAACUCUAUACCAAUUUCAAGGCAUACCAUACGCUGAGCCACCCAUCGGUGCGCUCAGGUUUGCUAAACCCAAACCCAUUCAACAGCCCAGAGAUGGUAUACUAGACGCUACAAACCCGGGAAACUCUUGUUUUCAAAAUCAAUGUCCGUUUUGCCCAAAACCACUCAAACAAAGUGAAGACAGUCUUGUGCUAAACAUAUGGACACCAACUCUACCCACAGAUAACACGACUAAUCAGUCACUCAAACCGGUUAUGUUUUGGAUAUACGGCGGAGCGCUUAGCUUUGGGACUAUAGACAUGUAUAACGGCGGACCACUGGCCGCACACAACGUGGUGUUUGUGGCCCCGAACUAUAGGUUAGGACCGUUUGGUUUCCUAUAUGGGGAUCGGGAGGACGCGCCCGGAAAUGUGGGCUUUUAUGACCAGUUAUUGGCUCUCAAAUGGGUUAGAGAAAACAUCCAUUUGUUUGGCGGAGAUAAGAAUCAAAUCACUAUUUUUGGUCAGAGCGCCGGGAGUUGGUCGGUGUCGGCGCACAUACUCUCCCCGCUAUCCAAAGGCCUAUUCAAAAGGGCUAUUAUGCAAAGCGGCGCUCUUUUGUAUAAUAAGGACAGGGAUGUGAUCAGUAAAGCUGAAGCCAUAGCCGAUGGCAAACGUUUAGCCCAAGAGUUGGGUUGGAGUGAAAGCAUGGAUUGGAUUCAAUUUUUACACAUCGAUCUACUGGCGGGCAUUACCAGCACUGAGGGCUCACUCUUAUCCAAAGUAAUCAUAGACACCGACAAAGAAGUGUUUACUUUGAAUGACUUCAUGGCUGGGGUUAAGGCAUCGGACGACUUGUUUCACGACAUCGAUGUUCAAAAAGUGAUGGACUAUUACCUGAAAGGUGUGGACACGAGUAGUACACCGGCACUGAAGCGAGCGUUUUAUGAAUAUAUCGGCGAUUUAUUCAUGAAAUACCCGACAUAUCUGUUCGCCAUACUGUUGGCCAGUCGUGUCCGCAAUCGGCAUAACAUAUACUUCUAUGAACUCUCAUAUCAGAGCCCAUUCUUCUUCAAAGUAUUUGGUGGCGACGACGAGGACUCGAUUGUCGCACACGGAAUGGACGUCCCGUUUGUGUUUGGGAUGCCAUUUAUGGACGAAAUGGUCGACGGUUCGGAUAAAACUGAUGGUCAGUUUAGUCGUGAUGUGAUGCGGAUGUGGACUAACUUUGCGAAAUACGGCAAACCGGACGACAAAUGGCCGCAACUGUUGAGUGAUCCGAAUGUACCGAAAGUGAAGGAUUUAAACCCCGACCCAAACCGACCCCUACUGACUGACCCUGUUGACGUGAAGACUACAUCGGGAAGAGUGAGGGGUCGAGUGGUUGUGGCGCUCAACACAACUCUAUACCAAUUUCAAGGCAUACCAUACGCUGAGCCACCCAUCGGUGCGCUCAGGUUUGCUAAACCCAAACCCAUUCAACGACCUAGAGAUAAUUUUCCAGAAGUAGAGAAUCAAAGUGAAGACAGUCUUGUGCUAAACAUAUGGACACCAACUCUACCCACAGAUAACACAACCAAUCAGUCACUCAAACCGGUUAUGUUUUGGAUAUAUGGCGGCGCACUUAGCAUUGGGACCAUUGAUCUAUACAACGGCGGACCACUGGCCGCACACGACGUGGUGUUUGUGGCCCCGAACUAUAGGUUGGGUUACUUUGGUUUUCUAUACGGAAAUCGGGAGGACGCGCCCGGAAAUGUGGGUUUUUAUGACCAAUUGUUGGCUCUUAAAUGGGUUAAUAAAAACAUACAUCUGUUUGGCGGAGAUAAAAACCGGAUUACAAUUUUUGGUGAGAGCGCCGGCAGUUGGUCCGUAUCGGCGCACAUACUCUCCCCGCUAUCCAAAGGUCUAUUCAAGAGGGCUAUUAUGUCGAGCGGCGCUCAUAUGUAUAAUAAGGACAGGGAUGUGAUCAGUAAAGCUGAGGCCAUAGCGGAAGGCAAACGUAUAGCUAAAGAAUUGGGUUGCAGUGAAGACAUGGAUUGGAUUCAGUAUUUACGGACAGUUGAUGCUAAAGAUCUGGUGCAAAAAACAAACCCAAUUACAUAUCCGGUGUUGGGGACAGAGUUUUUACCAAUUUCAUUUCAACCGGCAUAUGAAACUAAUAAUUUAAAUUCCGACAUCGAUCUAAUGGCGGGCAUCAAUAGCACUGAGGGCUCAAAUUUAACCAAACUAUUUAUAGCCCCCGACAAAGGGAUUUUGAAUUUAAAUGAUUUCGAGGCUGGGAUUAAGGCAUCGGACGAUAUCUAUCAUAAUAUUGAUGUCCAGAAAGUGAUGGACUAUUACCUGAAAGGUGUGGACACGAGUAGUACACCGGCUCUGAAGCGAGCGUUUUAUGAAUUUCUCGGCGAUUUAUGGAUGAAAUACCCGACAUAUGUAUUCGCCCGACAAAUGGCCACAACUGUUGGCAAUCGUCAUAACAUAUACUUCUAUGAACUCUCAUAUCAAAGUCAGUUCUACGCCAAACAGUUUCAAUGCGAUGACGAGGAGUCGGGUGUCGGACACGGAAUGGACAUACCGUUUGUCUUCGGUAUGCCUUUAAUGCCAGAAAUGGUUGACUUUUUUGAUGAAAUUGAUCGUCAGUUCAGUCGAGAUGUGAUGCGGAUGUGGACUAACUUUGCGAAAUACGGCAAACCGGACGACAAAUGGCCGCAACUGUUGAGUGAUCCGAAUGUACCGAAAGUGAAGGAUUUAAACCCCGACCCAAACCGACCCCCACUUCACGACCCGUACGGACAGCGCUAUACAGACUUUUGGGAAUCAUAUUUUUAA